CGGCCUGUGGGACGGUUCAGUUUGGUGCAUGUCGGCCCACGCGAGAAAGCGUCGAGAGCGAAGUUGCGCCGCCCGCCCCGGAGGUUAGCAGAUAAAAGCCCUGGAAGUGAUUGGAAGUGAUGGUGAAAAGGAUUUAGCCCAGGCAUUAAGAGAGAGAGAGAAGGGUUUGUGAGUACAUAAGAGGGAGAGAAGGGUAAGUGAGUACACAAGAGAGAGAGAGAGAGAGAGAGAGGGACAGGGAGUACACAAGAGAGAGAGAAGGAGAGAGGGACAGGGAGUAGACGAGAGAGAGAUUUUCCACCAAGCUUUUUUUUUCUGCCCUUGAGCAUCCCGGGUAAACCCGAGCUUGUAAAGUGGGAGGAGAAGAAACGGGCACCAGCCCUUCCUCAAAGUCAAUAUUUUCACUUUUGAUUCUCCUUCAAGCUGGAAAUCACGCUCUUUUUCCCCAACCGCCCGUUUCCAGAUCUAGGACACCGUUCUACUCUGUGCAGCCUUCCGCGGUGUAGUAAAAAAGUUACCCGCUGGAGAAGACCAACAAGGAGACCAGACCAGAUAACAGGAGUGGAGUACAGUAGCCUGCCUACACAUCGACAGGAGCCCGAUAGUGUAGAUGGAGCCGUGCAAGGCUCACGGCAGAGAGGCGGUCGUAUAAAGGGACAGAGAAGCUCUCCCGGAUCAGAUGAAUGUUCUAAGACAAUCACUGAGGCAAGGCUCCGGGCCGCUGCAUCACGACCUGAUGGCUGUAUCUAAAGACGUAGUCCACUCUCCCUUAUCAUCCCUAGCGGGCAGCUCUCACCUCUCCCAGAACAAAAAGGACCUCUGAAGUAUGGAUUUGUUCUGCUCAUUCUCCAACCACCACCACCGCAAACGCAGCACUGGCGCCACUAUGGUUGAAGUAGAUGUGAAGUUUCUCUGACUUUCGACGCCCCCUGCUCUAUUAUUUGUCACUUUUCCAUAUCCGACAUCCAAACAAGUUAGUUUAAUUUCCUAAAGGAGCUGUGAUUAUUUGUAGGCCCACGUUUGUUGAACGGCUGUAAAUUGACUUAGCCAACUCGAACACUUUUAUUUCUCUUGCGUUUUGUAUUUUUUCCAUCAUCCCCCAAACGUACCCUUAAGCUCAGGUGAGCGUGCAGACGCAUCUUGGUGACAACGAAGUUACUUACUGUGUCCGUAUGAUCCUCAGUCGAGUUCCAUGCUCUUCGCCUCAACUCUGACUACUGUGGCCCCCCUCGCCCUUUUCCGCCAGACCACACUCGUCCUCGGACAACUCUCGUGCCAUGCUCUGCCAGGCCGUGUUGCUCCUCCUGCACUGCUUUGCCUCCUUGACGCUGGGCCAGUACGACCUGUGCAAGUCCCUGGUGAGCACGGACGAUGGCGCAGUGUGGGAGCAGUAUGCAUGCCAGCCCAAGGCCCAGUCCAUGAAGGACUACAUGCGGGUGAAGGUGGACCCGCCGGGCAUCACCUGUGGCAACCCGCCCGAGAGAUUCUGCACUCUGGAGAACCCGUAUCUGUGCAGUGACGAGUGUGACGCCUCCAACCCGGACCUGGCCCACCCUCCUCAGCUGAUGCAGGACCGCGAGCACACCGGCCGCAUCACCUACUGGCAGACAGUCACAUGGGCCCGUUAUCCAGAACCCCUCUUGGCCAACAUCUCCCUAGCCUGGAACAAGAGCCUGGAGCUGACGGACGACAUCGCCAUUACCUUUGAGUACGGCCGCCCCACCUUAAUGGUGCUGGACAAGUCCAUGGACCACGGCCGUACCUGGCAGCCCUACCAGUUCUACGCUGACGAUUGUCUCGAGUCCUUUAACAUGGCACCAAAGCGCGUCCCCGAUCUAUCACCUGCAAAUAUUACUCUUGUCAUCUGCACCGAGCAGUUCUCACGCUGGGUGGGAUCGAAGAACGAUAAGAACGUAAAGUUCGAGGUUCGGGCGCGCUUCGCAGUGUUCGCCGGGCCUAGGUUGCUCAACAUGGACAGCUUGUACACCCGUAUGGAGAGUAUGAAGGGCCUGAGGGAAUUCUUUACCUUCACUAACCUCAGGCUGAGGCUGCUCAGACCGGCCCUGGGGGGAACCUACAUGCAGAGGGACAACCUGCUCAAGUACUUUUACGCCAUCUCCAACAUCGAGGUGCCCGCAAGGUGUAAGUGUAACCUGCAUUCGUCGCUGUGCCUGCUGCAAGAGGGGAACCUCCAGUGUCAGUGUGAACACAACACCACGGGACAGGACUGUCAGCGCUGCAAGAAGGGCUUCAAGGCCAAGUCUUGGAAAGCUGGCUCCUACCUGCCCACACCCAACGGAUCUCCCAACACCUGUGCAAUCGCUGGUGCCCCCACAGGCGGUGGUUCUAAACUGUCAGAAACUUUGCCUUUGACCACCACAACCACUACUUCAGCCCCCACUACAACCUCCAUAAGUGAAAGCGAACCUGAAACUACAACCGUAUUCCCCACUACCACACCAGAACCAGACCUGACCACAACCGCUACUCAAGAAGCUUCUGCUACUACUACUCAGGAAGAGCCCAUCCUUUCAACCGAGGCCCCAACCGACACCACCACCACUCCCCCAACAGAGCCCCCUGUUACGGACCCUGAGCCUCCCCUCAUUUCCACCAUCACCCCCACCGAUUCCCCUCCACCACCUCCACUUAUAGAGGAAAAACGUACAACCUCCAUCUACAUUACCACAGAGGCCACGCCCCCUACAACCACCCCUCAGUCUAUCACAGAGGAGGCCACACCCCCUCCACCAAUCAUGGAGGAGCUCACGUCAACGUUCCUGACCGAGAGCACUGCCCCUGUCACAACACCGCCCCCAACGGAGCUGCCUAAGCCAAUGGUUGUAGAGAGUGAAGAAGGUUGCAAUGUUUUUUGUACAGAUGCUAAUAGUGAAGUGGCAGAAGAUGCAGGAGAGACUGAGAUUCCCUCUGAAAAAGAGGGUGAGGAAGAAGAGAUGAAGGAGAAAGAGAGGAGGGAAGAGACUGAAGAAGUCACCUCCAAACCUGCUGAAGCAGAGGACAAUGCGACGAGUGAUACUCCCUCUAAGAUAGGACUAAAGAAAGAGGGAGUGGAGGAGAAAGAGGGAGUGGAGGAGAAAGAGGGAGUGGAGGAGAAAGAGGGAGUGGAGGAGAAAGAGGAAAAGACUGAAGAAGUCACACAAAAGCCUGAAGCAGUGGACUCUGGGAAAAGAGAAAAGCCCUCUGGCAAAGAUGAGCGGAUGGUGGAGAAAGAGGAAAAGAAAGAGACGACAACAGAGAAGGAGAGAAAUAAAGUUCCCCCCCAACCUGAGGCAGAGGGCCCUGGAGAGAGUGAGAGCCCCUCUGAGGGAGAGGGCCCUGGAGAGAGUGAGAGCCCCUCUGAGGGAGAGGGCCCUGGAGAGAGUGAGAGCCCCUCUGAGGCAGAGGGCCCUGGAGAGAGUGAGAGCCCCUCUGAGGGAGAAGGAAAGGAAGAGGAAGUGGUAAAGAAGGAGAUUGAGGCAGAAGCCCCUCCAAUGCCUGAAGUGGAGGGGACGGGUGGCACACAGGACACCGGGAAACCCUCUGAGAAAAAGGAGGGGAGGGAGGAGGACACAGGAAAAAAGACUGAAGAGGAAGUUCGCGAAUCACCUGAGUGGGGAAGCUUGGGUCAGGAGACCUUGGAGCCCCCUGAGAGAGAAGAAGAGAAGAAGAAGUGGGAGGAGGAAGAGAGUGAAGAGGAGAGAGAGUAUGCAAAGAAGAAAGGGAUUCUCAAGCUCUUGAUCUCAGGAGGAGAGCCCCAGGCCAGACAGUUGUAUGGGAUCAUAUAUGAUGAUUUCAAAGACUGUGAGUGCUACGGCCACUCUAACCGCUGCAGCUACAUAGACUACCUGAACAUCGUAACGUGUGUCAGCUGCAAGCACAAUACAAGAGGACAGAACUGCCAGCACUGCAGACUGGGCUACUUCAGAAAUAACUCAGCUGAACUGGAUGAUGAGGGUGUCUGCAUCGAGUGUAACUGUAACCAGAUGGGUUCUGUCCAUGACCGGUGUAAUGGGACAGGCUUCUGCCAGUGUAAAGACGGCACUACGGGGCCCAAGUGUGACGACUGUUUCCCUGGGUACUACUGGAAACAAGGCUGCUACUCUAAUGUGUGUGACGAGGAGCUGCUCCUGUGCCAGAAUGGUGGGACGUGCUCCCAGAACCAGAAGUGUAUCUGUCCUCCAGAGUUUAAGGGUGUGCUGUGCCAACAGUCCCGCUGUGAGGGGGGCAAGGUCUGUAACACCGCCUCCACCCUCCACCUCCUGGCCCUCGUCCCCCUACUGCUCUGCGUCCUGCUACCACACCUUUUGGCCACAUUAACUGCACACUGAGUCGUCACCUGCUGCCUCCUCAAAUACAGGGGUAACUGUUGUGUGUGUGGGCAACCCCAGAGAGGGAAGAGUGGGAAAGGCCUGCUAGCUGGCCAAGGACCCUAUGAGCACACACAAACAUCACAAGACUGUUACUGACUCGGGGAACUCCCCCUGUUGUGAGACUUCAGAGGAAGACUGAGGAAAAAUCAAGACAACCAACCCACUGUCUCUCCCUUUAUACGAGAGACCUGGAGAAAUCGCAUACCAAAAAGCAUUAUUAUUACUAUUAAACGUGCAAAUGAGAACACUUUAAAUCAUUACUGUUCACUAUGAAGAAGAAGGGAGGGAGGAAGGAAAUGGCUGAUGUAAAACAAUGACGUUUCCUUUGUCUUUAUUGAUUUGAGUUAAUGCACCCCACUUAUCUUGAGACAAUGCACUUACUGCUGCGGAAAGAAAGACAGGGAUUGUUUGACUAGACAUGAGCGGGGAGCUAGAGGGAGGGGGAGGGCUAGGUCGUGAUUCGCUGCUAAGGACUACUUAGAAUAUUAACCAGGUUCCAUUGUUUGACUAGACAUGAGCGGGGAGCUAGAGGGAGGGGGAGGGCUAGGUCGUGAUUCGCUGCUAAGGACUACUUAGAAUAUUAACCAGGUUCCAUUGUUUGACUAGAGAUGAGCGGGGAGCU